CGCGCGGGGCGGCCUCGCGCCGCGCCUGCAGCAGCAGCGGGGCGCGCGCCAGGGCCGCCUCGGCCGCCGCGCAGGAAUUACAAAGCUCAGGAAGAGAACGCUUUGUGCUAGAACAUGCUGCUCCAUUCUCUGCUUUUUUGAUGGACAGCUUUGGGCGGCAGCACAAUUACUUGCGCAUUUCGUUGACUGAGAAGUGCAACCUCAGAUGUCAGUACUGUAUGCCUGAGGAAGGUGUUCAGCUGACUCCGAAAUCAGAGCUCCUAACUACCCAGGAGAUAAUCACCUUAGCCAGACUGUUUGUGAAAGAAGGUGUGGACAAGAUCCGACUGACAGGUGGAGAGCCACUUAUCCGUCCUGAUGUGGUGGAUAUUGUGGGUGAACUGUACAAACUGGAAGGGCUGAAAACCAUUGCUGUCACAACCAAUGGGAUCAACUUAACCAGACUGCUGCCCCGGCUGAAAGAAGCAGGACUGAAUGCCAUUAACAUUAGCCUGGAUACUUUGGUGCCAGCUAAAUUUGAGUUCAUUGUCCGAAGGAAAGGCUUUCACAAGGUAAUGGAAGGAAUCCACAAAGCCACUGAACUUGGCUACCAUCCUGUUAAGGUGAACUGUGUGGUGAUGCGAGGCUUCAAUGAGGAUGAAGUGCUGGACUUUGUGGAUUUCACAAAGGAUCUGCCCCUUGACGUGCGGUUCAUAGAAUACAUGCCCUUUGAUGGCAAUAAAUGGAACUUCAAGAAGAUGGUGAGCUACAAAGAAAUGCUUGAUACAAUUAAACAGCGAUGGCCGGAAUUGGAGAAAUUACCCUGUGAGACUUCCAGCACAGCCAAGAGUUACAAGGUGCCACAUUUCCAGGGACAAAUCAGCUUUAUCACCUCCAUGUCAGAGCACUUCUGUGGAUCCUGCAAUCGGCUGAGGAUAACAGCAGAUGGGAGCCUAAAGGUGUGCCUUUUUGGGAAUUCAGAAGUGUCCUUGAGGGAUCACCUACGGUUGGGUGCUUCAGAGGAGGAGUUGAUUCAAAUUAUCGGAGCAGCAGUGGGCAGAAAAAAGAAACAGCAUGCUGGCAUGUUUAACAUUUCCCGGAUGAAAAACCGGCCAAUGGUCCUGAUUGAGCCUGCAUUGAUGUCAUUCCCACUAUGCCAAGAUGCCCUACAGAAUUCCCCAAAUUCAAAACGGUGGGGCCACACAUUUAGCCAUCGGCUGACUUUGAGAGCAAGUUUACCCAAACAAAAUGGAAAAGCAUCAAUGAAAAAUAAAUUCACAGGACAUAUUUUCCUACCAGGAUCUCACCCAGAGAAACAAUGGCACAUAGCAACAGGAAUUCUACAAACCCAGCUCCGAGGCUACAGUGUCUUCCAGAAGGACCCAAGCUCCACAUUUGAUACAAAGUGCCUUGAUGCUUCUGUUGGCCAAGUUCCUGUGGAUUGUCAGUCCAAAGAGGCAUGUUCAGGAUCUGAAUUCCAUAACAGGGAUUCGGGAUCUUGCACCAGGGUACCUCGUGCCUCUGACAACUUGACUCACACUGAUGAGGAAGGACGGGCCACAAUGGUUGAUGUUGGAGGGAAGCCAGAUUCCAGAAGAAGUGCUGUUGCUGGUGCCGUGGUUCUCCUGGGUGAGAAGGCAUUCGGGAUGGUGAAGCAAAACCAGGUGAAGAAAGGGGAUGUGCUGGCAGUAGCCCAAAUUGCAGGAAUUCAGGGAGCCAAGCUGACCAGCCAGUUGAUCCCAUUGUGUCACAACAUCCCUCUGUACCACGUUGAGGUGUCUCUGAGCCUGGAUGAGGCCAGGCAUGCAGUGGUGAUUCGCAGCUCCUGUCACACCUGGGGGAGGACAGGUGUGGAGAUGGAGGCUCUCACAGCUGCCAGCCUGGCUGCGCUGACCGUGUACGACAUGUGCAAAGCAGUCACUCAUGACAUCAUCAUCCAAGAGCUCAAGUUGAUUAGUAAGACAGGUGGGCAGAGGGGAGAAUUCUCAAGGGUCUAGAUAAUAUUCAGAUACCUCCAACCCUCCAAGUGACCACUGUUUCUGUUCAGCCUCUUACAGAAGUCCUUUUGCUCAGCUGCUGGGCUUGGAGACCUCUGCAGCAACCCCAUGCCUCCAGCAUUGCCUUACUCUGUCAGCUCACUUGAACAGUGGAGCCACUUAUCCCUGUUGAAAACCAUGUGUAUUUUCUAGAGGACAGACUUCUCUACUCUGCCAGUACCUCCAUUUCAGUGUUCUCAUGAUCGGAUUGAGAAAAGAUUCCUGCUUAUACCACAGAGCUUUUUGGUUUUGGUUUUUUUUUUUCCCUUUGUGCUGUGAAAUACACCUGCUAUCAUCACACCAUGCAACUGUGAGCUCUGGAAAUUAAGCCACUGCUGAAAGUGCUGUUAUUUGGAAACUAUUUUUAAGUCAAAGAUUAAGAUUUCAGAAUUGUGUUUGUCAGUCUUUCCCCUGACCUUCUUCAUUGAAUUUAGAGGGUGACAGUGAGAAGAACACAGCUGGGGAACUUCACCAUAUGGCAGAGAUUAUAAACAUGGAACAGCCAGAGUCAAGGGGCAGCUCCCAUCCCUUUGCAGUGCUACUGCUUCCCUUCACUGAAUCAAAGAAUCCCAAAAUGGAUGGCUGAGGUUGGAAAGGCCAACAGUGGGUCACCUGCUCCAACCUCCCCCUGCUCAGGCACCCAGAGCACAGUGUUGUGUCCAGACUGGAAUAUCUCCCUUGAGGGAGCCUCCAUAACUUCUCUCAGCAAUCUGUUUCAAGUGCUGAGUCACCUGCAAAGUAAAAAAGUUCAGGUGGAACUUCCUGUGCAUCGAUUUCUGUCCAUUGCCUCUUGUCCUAUUGCUCAGCACCACCAAGAAGAGCCUGGCUCCAUAAUCUUGGCAUCUCCCCCUUAGACACUGAUAUACAUUGAGACAUCAGUCAUCUCUUCUGGAUGCUGAACAGACCCAGCUCCCUCAGCCUUUCCUCAUAAUAGACACAUGCAAGUGGGAAAUACCCACAUAACCAGUUUCAAAAGGAAAAAAAAAAAGGUAGCUGCCCAGUUUUCUGCCUUGUGCUCUGUAAAACAUGAUGCAGAAAGAGGAUUUCUGGGUGUGGAAGAAUUAUUUUUCUGAUCUGAAAGAUAAGCUUUACAAUGUUAGAAGCAUGUUCCAGCAUUUUGACCUUAGCACUGAAAUACAUGGAUGCCUUGUUUGCAUGCUUAAGGGAUUAAUUUUGCCAUGUACAGAAGCAAGUAUUAAGCUCUCCCUGACUUUAGAAGGAGAUGUUGCACCAAGCUCUAGAAGAUUCCAAAUUUUUAAUGCCAUGGUGCAGCCCCUAGUAACCAGCAACCUGUGUAGUUCUGACAGAUAAAACAGACUUUAAUACUAGUGGCCACUUGGAAAAUGAAGGUAGUUACUAUUGCCUUUGCCAGAGUGUUUUCCUGCAUGUUUCUCUAAUUUGCUUUUCAUGAAGUCUUCUGGCCUUGGAGCACUUAAGUGUCCCCAUAAAUGUAGCAGUGGCCACAGUCAUGUAGCAUUAAUUAGCCUUGGUGAUUAACUGUCCUAGAGAAGAAAUUGCUCAACAUUCUUGUUAAUAUUAAUGGCUGCUUUUCAAAUGUUAAUUUAAGUGCUCUAAACAGGGUGUUACUGGUUGCUUAUGGCUAAUGUGAAGCUGCACAUACAUA